CUAUAUUCGGUAACAUUCGUGAUUAUUCGUAAGACAAUCCUAAUUCUCGGCUCAACGCAAAGUUAUAUAUUGUGGAUUAUUUUAUAUUUCGUACAUUAAAUUUAAAUAAUUCUGUAAAGAUUUAAAAAAUAUUAUAAAAAAUAAGAAAAAUGUCGGACCCAGAAUUAGAAGCAAUACGCCAACAACGAUUAGCUCAAUUACAAUCUCAAUAUAAGGGUGGAAAUGUGGAUAAUAAACAAGCAAUGGAAGAAAAGAGACUGCAAAUGGAAGAUAUGCGUAAUUCUCUUCUUACGCAAGUACUGGAUCAGGCAGCUAGAGCAAGACUGAACACACUUUGCCUUGGAAAACCAGAAAAAGGAAAAAUGGUAGAGGAAAUGAUUUUAAACAUGGCACAACGUGGACAAUUACCUAACAAAUUAGGAGAAAAAGAACUGAUCAGUCUAUUAGAAAGUAUAAAUCAGCAAACACAAAGAAGAACAGUAGUUAAAUUUGACAGACGAAGAGCAGCUUUAGAUUCGGAUGAUGAUGAUUUAUAGCCUUCAUAGGUGAUAAUAUUUGUGUUAUCUUAAUGAUUUUCUUUAACUAUUAGAUAAAUGACGUUUCAGAUUGCAUAUUUAUACUUAAUUAACUCCAUAUUUUUAUUUUUUAUGCUAUGUGUAAAAAUAAAUAAAAUGAAUCAUUCAUCAUA